UUAAAUCCUCUUUAUUAAUAACUGAAUAUUAAAAAUACACUUUAUAAACUCUGAAAAAAUAAAGUCCAUCAAAAAUAACCGAGCUGUUCCGUCAACACUUCCGCCGCUCUUAUUGUGAAGGCGUAAAGACGCACCACGUGACUUCCGCUUGUUGUGUAAACACUGAAGAUGGCUGCGUGCGGUCUACGAAAAGCUGUGCUCUUCCGGUCUCUGUGGAGGUCUGUGCAGGGGAAACGCUCGGCAUGCUGGGUAAUGAGUCCAUCCCGACAUGAGUCCAUCGGUGGAGAAAACACACAGAGAGCAGGAGGAAGAGGAGGGGGAGGAGCAGGAGGCAUAGUUUGGGCAGCCAUAGGUUUCUCCCUGUUCGGCAGCACUGAUGAAGAGCGCAGAGAUGAAGCUCAGAGGAAAGAGGAGGAGAUCAUCCUGCUGCUGAAGAACGCCAAGCUGGCUGUGUCUCGGGAUCAGCUGCAGGCGGCCUCUGGGUUCCUCCAUCAGGCCGUGGUCCUCGCUCAUCAGACCCACAACACCCAGGCCAUCAUCUACUCCUACAGCCUGAUGGCGAACCUGGCCUACGUUCAGGGUCAUUUGGACCAUGCAGAAAAACUCUUCAAAGCAGCGAUGAGCUUCAUGCUGUCAGGAGGGAUGCCUCAGGACGAUAACGCUGUCAUCGAGAUGUCUCUGAAACUCGCCACCAUCUACGCUGAGCAGAGCAAGGUAGAGCUUGCAGAGCAUGGCUUCAGGUUCUGUAUGGAGUCCCUGCAGGAGAAGCUGCAGAGAGAUGAGGAGGCGGAGCCAACAGAGGAGCAGCAGCAGCAGAGGAAGGACUCCCGCCUUUUGCUCGGUCUCUGCUUCGACUCUCGAGCUCGAUACCGAGCGUCCAGACUGCAGCUGGGGGGGGCGGAGCGAGACUACAGGGAGGCCUUGCAGAUCUGCGGAGGGGAGCAGGGGGACACACACCCUCAGACUCUGGUGCUCAUGAGCGACCUGGCCACCGUCUUGGAUCUACAGGGUCGCCAUGACGACGCCCUGCUGUUGGUGCAGCAUGCGGUGGAGCUGAGCCGCAGCGUCGGACACCCCGACCUGCAAGUGCUGCUGGGAAACAUGGCCGGCAUCCUGCUGCACACAGGACGGCUGGAGGACGCGGUGCGUUUCUACCAGGAGGCUCUGAUUCUGGCUCUGCAGGCCAAAGACAAGGAGGCUGUCAACGCCAUCCAGGAGGGGCUGAAGGAGGUGAAGAAGAAAGAGGAGGAGCAGAAGAAGAAGAAAAACAAGGAGGAGGGGGACUGAUCCUCAGGAAGCUCUGUGUUCACUUCACUUAUGAACCAGCGUAGGAUGGUCCGCUCCAGCCUGUCAGUUCUUAUUAUAUGUGUUGUAUAUAAUAAUUAGAACAUCAGCCUGACCUCAAAGAGCUUCUAAUUCACAUCAUGAUUUCACACAGUUCAAUACUCAGUGAGACCAUUCGGUGUGUGAUAUCUCCCUCGCCAGCGGCUUGAGUUUCAGGAUCCUGUAUUUAUUGUCCUCGUAGAAUGGAAGUAUUCCUCACACACAGGAUACGUUCAACUAGUUCCUCGAGCAGUGACCUUCACCUGGAACAGGAACACCGGUUCAUAGCGGUAUUCAGUGCUCAGAUCAGCUGAGGCCCUCACAUGUCUGUCUCUCUAGAGGUUGAUCAUCCUGUUAACAGCUGGGCUUUUGUUACCCUGCACAUUUCCUUUAAAGAAUACCUUCAGUGUCUCAGAGUCCGGUGGUUCUGUGAACGUGGAAUAAAUUCAGAAUCAGAAUUGAACCGUGUGCAUGGGUUAAAGCUGCCUCCAUCAUCAUCCUCAUCAUCACCACCAUCACCAUGACCAUCAGUGUUGUUGUUGUACCACUGUGGGGCACUGAAGGGUUAAUGUGUUAAGGACGUAGGUUUAUGUCAUAUAAAAAUGAGGGUGUGUUCACUCCAUGCACGUGUCCUGAUCUGUGUGUGUUAGCUCGGCUGAGCGAAGGGUGCAAUAAACCACGCCUAAGGGCUAAACAGUU